AUGUCGUCCAUCUUGAGAGCCGAGCAAUUCGUUCCGAGAGUUCUGAAGAACUUCAUGGCAACAUCUGGCCUGGAGCCAACGUUGCUAGGGAACAAUAAUCUGCGUGUCGUUGCUGCCGGCCCUGGAAAGGUCACAUUUGAUCUCCAUAUACAUAAGCAGCACACGAACCGGUUGAACAUCCUGCACGGCGGAACCAUUGCUAGUAUGGUUGAUCUUGGAGGCUCUCUUGCUGUGGCGUCCAUGGGACUAUACUCUACGGGUGUCUCGACGGACCUGAACGGUACGCGAUCUCGCGCUGUGCUGCUUCAACAGCAGGACAAGAUCCGGGUCAUUGCUGAGUGCGAGAAGAUGGGUAAAACCCUGGCGUAUACACACAUGAAGUUCUUCAACGGCAAAGGAGACAUGUUCAUUGAGAAGGCGCGUCAAGAUCAACAAACUCCGUAUGCCCUCCCAGCAUGGGACAAAGACCUACCUUAG